AUGAAAAUCCACCUUUCUACCUUCUUCUGGCUGGGUGGGUGGGCCGGGGAGCCCCGACGUCCCUCUCCUGGGGGCCUCCCCCAGUCCUCAUGGGGGCAAUCGCCUGGGCCGCUGGCCUCCCCAGCACCCCGGCCCCUCCCACUCCGCAAAGCGCUGCGCAGUCCCCGCGCAGACGGUGCCGCCCUGCGGGGUCCGCCGCGGCGCUCUCGGGCCUCGAGGCAGGUUGGGGCCGAGCGCCGGGUGCGGGGUGCAAGGAGCCAAGUGUUGACACAGCCGUCGGCAAACAAAGGCGGUCAAUUAUUAACCGGCCGCGCUGCCGGCACCAGGAAACCCGAGCCGGCGCCGCAAGCCGAGCCGGCCCGACGGGAGGCGCCGGGCGGGGAGCAGCGCAUCCCGCGCGCACCGGACGCCGCUCGCGCCAUGGACGCAGGUCCCGAUGUGAAAGGGGGCGACAGCCCCGCAGACUCGGAGGACCCGCGGGGCCCCGCGCCCCCAGCCCCGGAGGAGCCCCGGAGCCUCGCGCCCCCCGAGCGCCCUGCGCUCCCGCAGCUCCCUCGCCGCCCGCAGCUGCUGGCCGAGGACGGCGGGCCCGGCGAGGGCGCGGCGGCGGCGGGGAGCGGGCCGGGCCCCGGGGAUGCCCAGGUCGCGCCCGCAGCCCCCGCGCAGCCCGAGCGCCCGGCCGGCCCGGGGCCCACGGCGGCCGGCGGCGGGGCGCCCAUCGGCUUCGAGGCCGAGCCCCCGCCCUACGCGCCGCCCGAGCCCAAGGCCGCGCCGCCGCUCUACCCGCCCUUCCCGCAGGUGCCCCUGCUGCUCCAGCCCGCGCCCGCCGCGCUCUACCCGCCGCCCGGCCCGCUCUUCCCGCCGCCCGCCGCCGCCUACCCCUUCCCCGCGUACCACAGCCCUCUGGCUGCUGUGCCAGGCCCCGCCUCGGUGGAGCACAGGCCUCUGCCCAAGGACUACAUGAUGGAGUCGGUGCUGGUGACCCUCUUCUGCUGCCUUCUCACUGGGCUGAUCGCCAUUGUGUACUCCCACGAGACCCGUGCAGCCCUGGGCAGGGGCGAUCUCGUCCAGGCCGAGGAGACCUCGCGGAAAGCCCGCUCGCUCGUGCUCUUCAGCUUGCUGUUUGGGGUCUUCGUGUCCACCAGCUGGGUCAUCUAUGUUGUGGUGGCCCUCUACCUCCCCUGA